AUGCACUUUAAUUUAAAACCACAGUGGAGUAAGCUGAUAGCUGUUUGCUUGAUUUUUUAAGCUAUCAACUGCCUCGAAUUCCGUUCUUUUAGUACGCAAACGAACUAUGCCAAUUGCAAAACUUUCUCUACUAGUGCAAUUUCAAUUAUCUAUUGCGAUCAGAAGUAUUAUUGGCUGUCAAAUUUAGAUCCACUAAAUACAAUCUAUGACUCUGGAGAUCUUGAUUAAAUUAAUUCUACUAGUGCUUCAACAUCAGCUAAUCAAAUUUAGUACUCAUAUUCGCGUUUCUUAACAAAGACUCUGCAAGUUGAUUCUAUAGGAAAUCCAACCUUUGCUUAGGAUCCUCUAUUUUAGGCUAAUGAUAUAGUGAAUAGAACGAUUGCAUCUGCCUCCGUCAUCAUAGAAGAUUUCCUAUUUAUCAACAAUCAAUAUGGAGUUAUUAAACUCAACAAUAAUUCAUUCAUUCCUUUUAUGGUUGUCACAUCUACAACAAAUAAAUACUUUGCAAGAAAAGAUGUAGCUACCCUCAGAACUUGGACUUUUGAUUAGAAUAAUCAGUAUUUAACAUUCGGAAACGGCACUGAGAUUAUUAGGUCAACGCUGAAUGUUACCAAAAAUGCAUAAGGAACAAUUACAAAUAUCACAUUUAUCGACCAAGUGCUUUACAGAAGAUUAAAUCACACAAGUUUCUCCUUCUAGGGAACAUAUCUUGUUGUGAGUUGCUCAACAUGCGACAAUAAUGUUGAAAAUCAAACUUACAUUGUCAAUACCACAAAUCCUACAACUAAUGUAACUACAUCACGCCAGCAAUGGCAAACUAAUUCUAGGUUCACUUAAUAAUGCCUACUAAAUUAGUAUUAUGAUAACUAUAAAUGUAAUCAGUGUGGAAGUAAUCAAGGUGUCUAUGACUUUUAGAUGAGAUAAUGCGAAUCCUGUUAUGACAUGGUCAAAUAAAAUGAUACUUUUGCAAGUGCAAUGGCCUUUUAAUUCUGUACUAAUCCAUUUGAUCAGGGUGACAAUAAUAAGCCAAAUGAUACAGAUCCAGUUCCAGUAGAUCCCGAACCUGUUAAAAACGAUACUAACCCUGAUCCUCCUCCUGUUGUCAAAGAUAAAGAAUCUAGCUCUGACACUAAUAUAGGUUUAAUAGUGGGAAUUGUUGUUGGAGUUAUAGUCAUAAUCAUAAUAAUUGUAGUCGUUGUAUUAUGUUGUCGCAAAUAUAAAAAGUAGAAAGAAGAGGAUGAAGAAAAAGGAGUUGCUUCAAAAGCAAGUAGCAAGGCAAAGCCCAAAUAGCAAGCAUAAAAACCCUCAAAUUCUAGAAAAGAUGCAUAUAUUGAUAAAAACCCAACCACCGAUUAAGACUUGAAUAAAAAUCUUAAGGGUGCAGUUGAAGAUGAUUCAGACUCAUCUCGACCAAAUUUAAAUAAGGUAACCCAUCCAGAGUUCUAGGCUAGUAGUCCAGACAAUAUUGAAAUCAAGUUAGAUGAUGAUAGAGUGAAAACUGGAAUCAAAGGAUCUGACGAGGAAAAUAGGCCACUCUCAUCUAAAAAUCAAAAGCCAUUAGCUGAUGGUCCUCCAGCAUCCUAAAGACCUUUCGCCUAAUUAGGUAUAAACUCAAAGGCUCAGCCUCAGAAUGGUAAAGAAUCUGCUAGAAAUCGAUUAUAAAUCAGAGGGGAUGCAUAGUAUUCAGGAGUAGAGCCUCAAGCUAAUGACACAUCAUUUUCUAGUGAUUAUGAUGACAGGACUUAGCAAUCUCCAGAAUCAUUUGCUGGAAUGGGUGCUUAGAAAAAUGGAGCUAGAUUUUCCUAUUCAAGCAAUUCAAAUAUUUCAAGAUUAGAAGGAGGGUAGAGAAAAAUUUCAAAUAAUGUUUAGGUAAAGAAACAGAAAGAAGAUUCAGUCUAGGAUGAAUAGAGCGAUGAAGAUAUUAGAGUCGCAAAGCCUUCAGAGAGAAAUCUAGUGAAUGACAAAUUUGGAAAUAUAACCAAAUCCUCUGGGUAGACUGGAGCAUAAUUGAAUGGAAUCGGUAUUAGAAAUGGAUCUUAAGUUACUGGAGCUAAUAUCGUUUAAAACCAACCUGCUGGAAAUAGGAGUAAUAUUCCCAACAAUAACAAUAUUGGUCGCUAAGAUAUCAAAUCUAAUGGGGAUAAAAAGAACUAGGUCCAAAGGCAAGACUCAUCAGUUAGAGGAUCUGAAAACAGCAUCUCAGAUGAUGAUGAAUGA